AUGUUUAGCCCAUGCAAGCGGAUCUUGGGCCCCAGGAUCGCCUGGGGCCGGACGACGGUCGUGACAACCCGUUAUCAGAGCACUCACGCCAGACCCGCCACGACUUCCGAACUGCCUCCACCAGAGCGAUCAGUGCAAGCGCCCAGACUGUCGGCUCUGAAGUCUGCCAAGCCGUUUUCCAACUUCCUCACAGACACCUUCAACCGCCAGCAUGAUUACCUUCGUAUCAGCGUCACGGAACGGUGCAACCUUCGAUGCCUCUACUGCAUGCCAGAGGAGGGAAUCGAUCUCUCACCAUCCGCGAAACUGCUCACAUCGCCCGAAAUUUUAUACCUUUCGUCGUUAUUUGUGUCACAAGGCGUCACCAAGAUCAGGUUGACGGGUGGCGAACCGACGGUCCGCAAAGACAUCGUGCCACUGAUGCAAGACAUCGGAAAAUUGCGCCAAAAUGGACUGCGGGAGUUGUGUCUCACAACUAACGGCAUCUCGUUACAUCGCAAAUUGGACCCGAUGGUGGAGGCUGGGUUGACGGGAGUCAACCUAAGUCUUGACACGCUGGACCCUUUCCAAUUUCAGAUCAUGACACGACGCAAAGGCUUCGAUGCUGUAAUGAAGAGCAUCGACCGAAUUCUGGAAAUGAAUGAAGUCGGUGCUGGGAUCAAACUGAAGAUCAACUGCGUUGUCAUGCGUGGCAUGAACGAUCGAGAGAUUCUUCCGUUUGUCGAGCUGGGCCGUGAGAAGCCUAUUGAGGUACGGUUCAUUGAGUACAUGCCGUUUGAUGGCAACAAAUGGAACCAAGGAAAGAUGUUCCCAUAUCAAGAAAUGUUGGCUGUCAUCAGAGAGAAAUAUCCCACUUUUGAAAAAGUGGCCGACCACAAGAAUGACACGAGUAAGACAUACCGUGUGCCAGGUUUCGAAGGCCGCGUGGGUUUCAUCACCAGCAUGACACAUAACUUCUGCGGUACUUGCAACCGGCUGCGCAUCACAAGUGAUGGUAACCUCAAAGUCUGCUUGUUUGGCAACUCCGAGGUAUCCUUGCGGGACAUCAUCCGCAAGGAGAACAACGGCGCCCCGAUCGAUGUGGACGCGAUGAACAACCUUCAACUUUUGGAAACGGUACAGAGAGCCGCACACCUCAGCGACAAUGGCGAGCUGAUGAACGAACGGGAACGAGAGAUUCUUGACAUCAUUGGCAUGGCUGUGAAACGCAAGAAGGCCAAACACGCGGGCAUGGAGGAGCUAAAGGACAUGAAGAACCGGCCCAUGAUCUUAAUUGGUGGGUAG